GAUCGAAUACAAAGUGUGUUACUUAGUGAGAGAUAUUUUUAGAUAUAACCUGUUUGGGGCAAGAGUGCACGUGAUAGUGGGUAGGAGGGAACUAGAUAGCAAUCCGGAUGAAGUGAUGGGUCAAGACGAAGAAAAACAACAAGUGCAGCAGGAUCAUCGUUACCUAUUCCUCCUCUUUCACUCUGCGCGGGCACUGUAACUUUAACUAACCACUGCAUUUGCAAUGAGCAAACAUACGAUUCUCAGCAGAUGGGUUAUGUAAAACUAAAGUAAAUGCGGCCUGCUUAGAAGGGACGAGAAAGAGAAUCAAGAACAUGGCAACACCUUCAAACAUGCAGGUAGAACUGGACGGACUGUUUAAGGAUAACAAAACCUUCGACUAUGACGAUUAUGUAUACAAGGAUGAGGUAUGCCCGUCCAGCACGGUCUCUGGUUCCUUGGCGAUCUUCAUUCCCCUGCUUUACUCUGUGGGGUUCUUAUGGGGGCUGCUGGGAAAUGGACUGGUGCUGACAAUACUGUGGCGUAAGAGGCCGAAGCUGAGUGUGAUGGACAUCUUCAUCCUUAAUUUGAGUGUAACGGACAGCCUGCUGUUGCUCACACUGCCUCUCUGGGCUGCAGACGCGGUUAAGGGAUGGUUCAUGGGCACAGGGCUCUGCAAACUGGCUGGAGCUAUGUUUAAGAUCAAUUUCUACUGUGGUAUCUUCACGUUGGCCUGCAUGAGUGUUGACUGCUACCUGUCCAUCGUCCGAGGAGUACGGAUGUUUUCCUGUAAAAAACGUGUGGUGGUUUACUGUUCCUGCCUGAUUAUCCUGAUCAUUUGCCUGCUCCUUUCCAUCCCUGAUUGGAUCUAUCUGAGGCCCAUCAGAGCAAGUCGGGAUACAGCGGAAUGUUAUUAUCCACCUAAUACCUGCCGUCUUGCCUCUCGUCUUUCACAUAUUGUGUGCUUUGUUCUACCAGCACUUGUGCUGCUGUUCUGUUGUUCCUCUGUCCUGCUGAAAUUAUGGCACAACUCCAAGUGCCAGCAGAAGAAGAAGGGCCGAAGUACAGCUGUCAUUGCAGCCCUUGUGCUGGCUUUCUUCAUCUGCUGGACACCCUACAACAUUACCUUCAUCGUGGACACGGCUCAGCCAGUGGACAGCAUCUCCUCAGCAGGGGCAGACGACUGUGAAGGGAGGCAGUGGAGAGCUAGCAAAAUAACAGCCAUUUUUGGACUUCUCCAUUGCAUCGUUAAUCCUGUUAUUUACCUCUGUCUCUCCAAAGAGUUCCGGCGACGCGCACUGACUAUGAUAAAGUUCAGUGCUUGUGAAACAGACAGUAAUGAUAUUUCGCUUUGGGACUCUAGUGAAGGAAACAGGAAUGCUUCUGUCCAAGAGGAACAAGGUUCACUUCAACCUAUGAAUGACAUUAACCAACAAUAAAAACCCAGGAUUAUGAUACUUGAAAUCAUAAAACAUUGAAUCUCAUAAUUCCGUAAAUGUAUUUUAUGAAUACUUUAUUUAACAUAAGCAUUACAUUUGUUGACAUAUUACUAGUUAUGGAAUAACCCAAUGUUGGAUGAUAAAUUAGCAUCCUCCAAAGGGUUUUGUACAUGCAUUCUGCAAAUAGAUGAUAAAGGAAACAUUAUGCUUUUAUUAAGAAAGAAUAAAAAAUGCUUAAAAAAAAUAAAAAAUGCUGGCCAACUCAUUUGCACUUUAAUUCAGUAAAAUUAUCAUAAUGGUGAUUAUUUUCUGUUGCUCUGUCAAAUGUUUUAUUUAUUUACUUUUUUUGUUUUCGUUGUGCUGUGCUGUGCUGUAAGGCCCCAUUUACACUAGUACGUUUUCGUUUUAAAAUGUCGUUUUAAUGUCCUCUGGUAAAAAUCACAUUCCAGGGGGUAAAAUCCACGUUUUUGGCAGGGGUUCCCCUGGUAAAAUUUGCAUUCAAGUUAUUUGGGGUCGCUUGAACCCACGGAUAUGAAAAACAUCCUGCAGCAACAGUGUAAAAGUAUCCCAAUUGUCUUGGCAACACUGACUACAAGACUAAAAACAUAUGUCACAUGACCGUUCAUGCAGACUGGGCAUGCGCGUACAAGUGUAAACAGUUGCAUGUAGGUAGCUGGAGUAUUUAAAAAAAAAAAAUGCAGAGUUUAACUGCACAAUGGCUGCUAAAAAUGACAACAAAGCCAGCAAAGAUUGCAGUUCAGUCUCCAUGUUAUUGUUUACAUGGUCGUCAAGGAUACGCAGAGCUAACGUGGGCAGCCACGCCAUCGUUUUUGAGGGUCGAAAAUGCCAGAGUAGUGUAAGCGAUAGGCGUAACCUUAGCAAAAGUUAUGCGUUUUAAAACGAAAACGCACUAGUGUAAAUGGGACCUAAGUGUUUUGGAAAAGUGUUCCAAAACAAUAUUUGGCAUUUUGGCAGAGACUGUGCCUACUUGCUUGAUAACGGAACUGUUCAAUCCCAGUUGUCAAUUCCAAAAUCAGCCUUGCUAAUGGAUAAUACAUUUUUAUGCAUUCAUUUUAAUAUUAUAAUUGCAUAAUAGAGGAAUGUCACAUAUUGUAACCAUGUAAAUGUCAAAUGUGUUACAUCCGUGUUUGUACCAUACAUUUAUUUUUUAUCUACGAAAGUCUGCAGUAGUUGGGAGAAAUCGUUUUAAAAUAUGUGUCAAAUUACCAUCAGCUGUUGAUGAUAAGUAGUUUCCGUUCUCAUGUCAGGAAGUCAUGACAGUGAUGUUUUUUUUGAGAUGUGUUCAGGUCAGUGGUCUCUAGAAGGGUGUGUCCUGUCACUUACAUAAAUGUUAUAAAGUAUAUGACUGAA